UUUUCCAAUGUUUUGUUCCGAGUCCAAAAAUCAGGAAAGUUGAAAGAAGGAUGUUGCCAAAAAUGAGCAGUGAAUGACAAUAAAAACAUGCUAUGACGCAUAUAGCUUUGUUUUUAAAAUUGUUAUUGCAAUAAAGUUUACCUCGUACAUCCGGAAGCGUGCUACAUUGUCCUGUUAGCACUUUCUUUGACGAGAGGCCUAAAAAGAGCUGUUCACACUGCUCUUUUGAAGGCCAAAAGUGACGCAAAACGGCGAAAUAUCCAGAGAAAAUGGUGCGUUCUCCAGAUUUCCCCAUUGAAGGCACAGGCGAGAAAUACCCACAAGGCAAAAGUACAUACAGAAGAAAUGUUUGCUCCAACAUACCACCAACAACUUUCAAGGUUGUUGUAAUUGGUGAUAUGUGUGUGGGAAAAACAUGUUUGAUUUGUCGUUUGUGUGGUGGUAAGUUUCCAGAGCAUACAGAAACAACCAUAGGUGUUGACUUUUUGGAAAGGACAAUGGAAGUUGAAGGAGAAAGUAUUAAGUUACAAUUAUGGGAUACUGCUGGCCAGGAACGAUUCAGGCAUAGCAUGGUACCUCAUUACUACAAAAAUGUAGAUGCUGUGGUUUUUGUUUUUGAUGUUACACGAAAAACAUCAUUUGAUAAUAUUCCAAGAUGGAUACAAGAACUUCAAGCCCAGACUUUUAAGGGCAGAACAAUACCUCAGGUUGUUAUUGGCAACAAGUGUGAUCUACAUGCAGACAGACAAGUUCACACCAGUGAUGUGAAGAAACUUGCAAAUCACUACGGGUUGCCUUAUUGGGAGACAUCUGCAAAAAGUGACCUGGAAAGGGAUACUGUUGAUCUGAUUUUUAAGUCAAUUGCAGAGAGUUUGAAGUUAAAGACACCAUUAAUGGGAUUUCCACCUGAAUAUUCUAGUACAAUAAACCGAUACAGUCAGUCUGGACUAAGAGUUAGCCAAAGUAUAGUUGCAUCAGGUAAUUCAAACUCACAAAGCAUGAGUGGCAGUGAAAGGACUAGGUCCCAUACUCCUGAAAAGAAAGGCAAAUGCUGCAACAGUUGACAAUCUUCAUAAGAUAGUAUUGCCAUUUUGAGAACUUAAGUAUUUGGCAAUUUUCUUGACAUUAAAUGUCACUUGAAGUUGCAUCUGAAAAUUCAUCCUUUUCAAAAACUUCAAGUUCAACAUCUUUAAUCCUCUUUGCUGGUAUGAAUGGUAAACAAUGACAAAGUCAGCAAAUUCUAUCAUCUAAGGCUGAAAUUCAUUAGAUUGUUUUUGUAAUUUGUAAUUGGCCUAGUUAGAUAAUAAUACCUUCCUGGUAGUAUAACAAUAAAUGUGGAGCAUUUAUUUUUCAAAAGUACAUGCAUUCUAAAAACAGUGUACAGAAACAGGGCAAAUCCAAAUAAAAUUCCAUUACAGUGAAAAUGAUUCCCUUAAACAAAAAUAUAGAACAAAACCAAAUUUGUUUUGUUACAAAGUAUUAAGUUUUGUUAUAAAGUACCAGAGAAUCAGUUGCUAAAGAGAUAGAAGAAGCGAAGAAUCGUUUUUCUGACCCCCAUGUGCUGAACCCUGCCUUUUGUAUUUGGGUCAUGCUGGUACCCUGUUUUCAAAACCUGUAUCCUGCAGCCUGCCCCCUUCCCCUGGGUCAUUCCUGCAUUCCCAAUAUCAAGCAAUCUUUGUCCUGAGAAAACUUACUUUAUCCAUUUUUAUUGCUCAUAAGGCAGCCUGAAUAGCCAACAAAGCUCAAGAAAACUCAAAAAGCAAAAAAAAACAAUCAAGACUUUAUAAUUCUCAGAGCUCAGCCCUUGAUAGGAAUUUUUUUGUUUGAUGAGAUUCUCAAGAACUACUUUUCAACUUAGCGCUAUAUUGUUAUUCACAAUGCUGCUUUGCUUGCUUUAAGGCAGUUUAAUUGCAGGAAAACAUUACUUGGUUUUUAGUCAUUAAGAUUUGGGAAAAAGAAUUUGAAAUUAUCAUGUGAAUGGAUAAUUUUUGCAAUAAUUUAAAUUAUUCAGUAAAACCUUAAAAUUAUUUAGUUUGUAUGUGAAGAGUUGUAUAAACACUCUAUCGCCACUUUUCUGAUGUCAAAUUUAUUAAGAUUUCUAAUUUUGUUUGGUGAUUGUUUUGACCCAAUAAGUAUAAAUUUUUCCCCUGUCCAGUCCUUCAAAAGGUCAGCAUAUUUGAUUAGCUUUUGUAUAAGGGGUACAGAUGGGGUUGUUUUUCUAAAAGGUAGACAGCUUUUAGAAUUGUAAAUAGAGGGCACUGUAAUGUAAUUAUUUGUACUAAUUAGAUUUACAAUAAUUUGUAAGUUCUUUUGGAAAAUAAAUUAUGUUUGAUUUAUCUGAACAGUUAUAAUUUUUUGUGUUUUAUUAAGCAUAUCAUGUUUGAA